CACGAAACGUCAAAUUUGCUUUACGGAGCCCAGCUGCGGUAAUCUCUUGCCUGGUGAAUUUGUAAGCUUCAAGUCCCAGCCCAACCCUGGAGCAUCGCCAGAACAAUCCAGACCCUACCCUCGCUUUCGCAUAUAAAACCAAAUUCUCUCACAUAAACCUUUUUUGCUUCCUCGUCCCCGCCAACACCUUCAAGCUGUUUUCCUCAAUCUUCCGCCGCCGCGUCUUCUCCCCCGUCCGCUCUAGCGUCGGGCUCUCUGUUGCUGCUGCGGCCACAUUGCAACACCGAACAACACCGUCAGGACCGGCAAGUAUAUCGCUGCAGCCCUCGGCGCCCGUGAGCGUCAAGGCAAAUCUCCAGAGCAGAAUGGCGCACUCCAAAGUCAUCAUCAUCGGCUCCGGCCCCGCCGCCCACACGGCCGCUAUCUACCUCUCGCGCGCAGAGCUCAAGCCUGUCAUGUACGAGGGCAUGCUUGCCAACGGCACCGCUGCAGGUGGCCAACUGACCACCACCACCGACGUCGAGAACUUCCCCGGUUUUCCCGCCGGUGUCGGAGGCACCGAGCUCAUGACCAAGAUGCGCGAGCAGUCGAUUCGCUUCGGAACAGAGAUCAUCACAGAGACUAUUUCGCGUGUGGACCUCUCUAGCCGCCCGUUUAAGCUGUGGAAAGAAUGGUCCGAUGGACCCGAUGAUGCUCCCGCACAUACCGCGGAUGCUUUGAUCAUUGCCACUGGUGCUAAUGCGCGUCGGUUGGAUUUGCCCGGUGAAGACAAGUACUGGCAGAACGGAAUCAGCGCGUGUGCUGUGUGCGACGGUGCGGUGCCAAUUUUCCGAAACAAGCCACUGUUUGUGAUCGGUGGAGGAGAUUCUGCCGCUGAAGAGGCGAUGUUCUUGACAAAAUACGGCAGCAGCGUGACUGUGCUUGUACGCCGGGACAAAUUACGAGCUAGCAAGACCAUGGCUACCAGAUUACUGAAUCAUCCAAAGGUUGAAGUGAAGUUCAACACCGUGGCCGUUGAAGUCCAGGGCGAGCCGCAGCCAAGGGGCUUGAUGACCCAUUUGAAGAUCAAGAACGUGGUCACUGGUAAUGAGGAGGUUGUUCCUGCUAAUGGACUCUUCUACGCUGUUGGACACGAGCCUGCCACCGGAUUGAUAAAGGGCCAGGUUGAGACCGAUUCAGACGGCUAUAUUGCCACCAAGCCAGGAACUAGUUACACAAGUGUCGAGGGUGUCUUUGCAGCGGGAGAUGUACAAGAUAAGAGAUAUAGACAAGCUAUCACCAGUGCAGGGUCUGGUUGUAUCGCUGCGCUCGAGGCCGAGAAGUAUAUCGCUGAAUUAGGUGACGUCGAACAACCAGCAAAUACGAUACAACAAUCUGCGACACAGGCAGAGAAGGAACUCGAAGAGAACCCCCCUGCUUCAUUGGAGUAUAAAUCCAACCCCUUGCUGUAGAUUUUACCGUGUCAUUUUCGAAUCCAUUAACAACAUAGAAUUUCUUUCUUUGUCAAUUUAAGAUGAAGGAGACUUUAAGACUUACCCUGCCAUGGUUGUUUUUUUGUUAGAGAUCUGGGGCAUCCUUAGCUUUGCGUUGGUUCAAGUAGAUAUUUUGUUUUUAGAUGGAUUCUACAAUAGAUGGUAGCAAGUCCUUGCAGUACAUAUUACAUAUUGCCCUUUUACUCUCCUUUCGGGCCUUGAUACCGGAUGACGGGGUGCAAGAUCAAUUUUUCCUUUCCGUUGUGAUGAGCUUUGAUGCGCCUAUCCGUCUGGAGGGAAUAUUUAGAGCUGCUACGGAUAUUUGUAGUCUCUGCACACUUGUGAGUAAUUAGCAUUAAAGGCGCAGUUCCUCAACUACUCAUAUUUCGUUGCUGGACUGCAGGACAGCGUGCAUUAUAUCCCCGCGCCCUCGACGAUCUGGGAAUCGCCAGCUUCCUUUUUGCUUUGCUUUGACUGGAUAAAAUCAGACUAAAUUAGCCCCAGAUUUGG